AUGGGACUGUCUCUGCCUCUCAUCUCUUUCUCCAGUUCCAAGCUCAAUCAAUACACUAAAAACAAGGCUUCCAAGAAGAAGAUUCAAACCAUUUCUGCAACAAGAGGCAAGAGCAUGAGUGCCUCCUUCUCAAGCGGAGACUCUGCUGGGGUCAUCACUUGUAGUAAGACCAAGGCGAUAUCCACAACUCAACAUGUCACUUCCAUAUCAACUCAAGCCAAGGCGAAAAAUGUGAAUCGAAUGCGUGAAUUGGUCAUCAACCUGGCCUCCUUGGGGGCAAAGAAGCAUACCUCCUGA